AUGGUUAUGGAAUCAAAGCUGAAAGCUGGAGUUAAGAUACAGGUUGCACAAUGUUGGCAUGACUUAGACAACACGGAGUAUGACUGCUGGCCCAUGGAGCAUCCGAAUGAGUACAACAUGAUCGACUGUGCUGGGCUGGAGAUGAGUUGGGUGGACAGACCCCCUGAGAAGGUGCGGAGUGGGGAGGAAUUUAAUGUCACCUAUGCAGUCACUGCUUCCUAUGAUUUCUAUAAGAUGGCUGUCACACGUGGAAUUCUGAAAUACAGCACCUUGACCAAUGCAAGUGAAGCAAAACGAUUCUGUGAAGAAGAGGAAUGUCCAGUGAACUGGAAAGAUGCAACUGAGGGCAACUGCUGUGUUUAUCACGCAAACAUCCAUUCCUGUCCUUUGGGGUUCAUGAAAGAAGGUGGCAUCUGUGGCCCCUGGAUUCCAGACGAUGGGAAAAUAGUUACUCACACCAUUUCGCAAGCAGGAAAGAUGUCCCAACAGAACUGGACAAGUAAGGUUGUCUUAGUCCAUGUUGGAGUGACUUCACUAAUUGCUCAUGUUAAAGUGGGCCGUAUGCAUGCUGCCUUAGAAGCAAAGACAAGAGUGCUAAGUGCACAAGUUUGUGAUGAUGGUGUCUGUGAUGGGGACGAGCGAUGUGACACCUGUCCUGCUGACUGUGGAGCCUGCCCCAUGUCUAUUGGGAUCAAAGUUUCGAUUGGACUUCCGAUUACCCUAUUCUGUAGUGGGUUUAUACUCACUCUGGUGUGGUUGCAAUACCAAAAGCAAAAGAUGCUUUGGGACGAGAGCUGGAUCAUCAAUCUGAAGGAAAUUGAGAUAGGUACUCUAACAUCUGGCAGCAUCAUAACUGUCCAACAAAACAGUGGAAAUUCAAUCCCAAGUCUUAUGACAGACAUUACUUCAAAUACAUACACUACAAGCCCAUCACAUAGACAGGGCUUUAUACAGACUGGAAUUUAUGAUGGUCGGACAGUGGCUAUCAAAAGAAUUCCCAAGAAAACCUUUACUCUCUCAAAAACGAUCAGGAAAGAAGUUAAACAAGUGAGGCAACUUGAUCAUCCAAAUCUGUGCAAGUUUAUUGGUGGAUCUAUUGAGGUGCCCAAUAUUACCAUUAUUACUGAAUACUGCCCGAAAGGGAGCCUGACUGAUGUUCUGUUCAGUGAUGAUAUUCCCUUGAACUGGGGAUUCAGACUGUCAUUUGCAACUGACGUAGCACGAGGAAUGGCUUACCUUCACCAGCAUAAAAUUUACCACGGGAGGUUACAAUCAAUGAACUGUGUCAUCGACGAUAGAUGGGUUUGCAAAAUCUCAGACUAUGGUUUAGCAGCCUACAGAAAGGAUGAUUUUGAGGAACUUACGAACACAGUCAAUGCAAAGGCAAGCCACAUUUACGGUGCUCCUGAAGUAUUGGCAGGUAUCGUUUCAAGUGUGACGCCAACUGCAGACGUCUACAGCUACUCCAUAAUACUGCUUGAAAUUGCAACACGUUGUGACCCGGUUCCGGGAGAUAUUGACCUUGACAAGGUUGAACCAACCUGGCGUCCCUAUCUUCCUGAAAUUAACGCUGGAAAGUCCGAUAGUGAUUGUCCAAAUCAGGGAGACUAUACUGAGUUGAUACAAAAGUGUUGGGCACACAAUCCUCUUUUGAGGCCAACCUUUGAACAAAUUAAGAAGAUGCUUGAGAAAAUGAAUCCCAACAAAGUAAGCCCGGUUGACAUGAUGAUGAACCUGAUGGAAAAGUACAGCAAGCAUUUGGAAGUUAUUGUGGCUGAAAGGACUCAAGAUCUCCUGCAGGAAAAACAAAAGACUGAUUGCCUCUUAUACAGCAUGUUACCGAAGGAAGUAGCUGAUGACCUUCGUCAAGGGAUUACUUCACAAGCUCAAAGUUACUCUAACGCUACGGUGUUUUUCAGUGAUAUUGUUGGAUUCACUCUGCUGUCCAGUGCCAGCACUCCUUACCAGGUGGUGGAUUUUCUCAACAGACUGUACACCUGCUUCGACGCUAUAAUUGAUAACUAUGAUGUCUACAAAGUUGAGACAAUAGGGGAUGCAUAUAUGGUGGUUUCUGGAGUUCCCAAAGAGAAUGGCUUCAACCACGUGGGUGAGAUUGCAAGCAUGGCACUGGAUUUAGUUGCAAUCUGCUCUUCAUUCAUAAUCCCACACAAGCCGGAGGUCAAGUUGAAAAUCAGAGCAGGCAUUCACUCGGGUCCAGUAGUGGCUGGCGUGGUUGGAACCAAAAUGCCUCGCUACUGUUUAUUUGGAGAUACUGUGAACACUGCUUCAAGGAUGGAAUCAACAAGUGAGGCUUUAAAGAUACAGUGCAGUUCCAGUUCUUCUGAACUCCUCAAAGAAAUCGGUGGUUAUGUACUCACCUGUCGUGGUCCGCUGCUUGUAAAGGGUAAAGGAGAAAUGACUACAUGGUGGCUGGAAGGGAAAGAAUGUGAUGGGUCACAGUGA